AUGGCGGCGGGGGCUCCAGAUCUGCUGGACGAUGUGUUCUUCUCGGACGUGGACGAGAAAGUGGUGAGCGACCUGGUGGGCUCCCUGGAGACCCAGUUGGCGGCCUCGGGUCACAGCGCGGCCGAGGAGCCGGGCAGCAGGGCCCAGGCCCUGAACAAUCACGUGGAAAACACAGGCGGGAGCGGCGGCGGCGGCGGGAGCGGGAGCGGGGUGAGCAAUAAUGUCCAGCUGCCACCAACAGCAGAGAACAAAAUGGGACUGGCAGGAGCGGGGCUCCCCAACGCGGCCAGUGUCAAAGUGGAGGCAGCCCCGGGGGGCAAAAACGCACAGAUUACCUCGCAGAACGCGUUCGUCGGCGGCGGGGCUUUGCCCUGCCCGGUGGCGGGGACGGCGGGAAGCGGGCUUCAGCCAAGUGUUGUUCUCAAUAACACCAGGUCCCAGGCUCCGGGAGUGGAACAAGAGCAGAACACGGCGGCGGCGGCGGUGACAGGAUCUUCCUCCUCCUCCUCCUCAUCCUCCUCCUCCUCCUCAUCGGAGACGCCAGCUUCAGGCAGCAUCGCUCAAGGGAAGUCGGUGGUGAUCAGUGCGAUGGCUCCCCCGGUCUCCAACCAUGUGAAGACUGUCACCUCCAACGUACAAACUCUGAACGGGAAUAAUGGGAUGCUGAUCAACUCUCACAAUGCAGGAAGUGCCACCACUUUCACUUGCUCGGCAGCUGCGACUACUACCUUACCAGCUGUCACAGUGGUUAAUAAUGGACCUGGAUCUGUGGUGAAAGGCACGAUGAAUGCAGCUUUGCCAGCGGCGUCUUUACCGGCCUCCAGUUCUGCCUACACAGUUAUUCAGACGUCUUUUGUCAGUACGCAGAAUGUUCCUACUUCAACUGUCGUUUCCUCACCGGCAGCUGGACCCACGGUGACAUUGGUUAGACCACCAGCUCACAGUGCUGCUACUCUGCCGGUUGCCUCCACGCCGAACGGUAGCAGUACAAUAUUGAACUCGACCGUUAAUGUCACAAACUUGCCAGCUCCUGGUGGCGCCGGGACUUCUCAUCAGACUUCACUUCUGACUUUAAACAGUCAGCCUAGUUUGUCAAGCAACGUGUCUUUGUCUGCUGGCGGGCAGGUUAUCAAAUCCGAUUCACAACAGCCCAAAACUAUUAUACAGACACCACAACAGACGAUCGGUACUGGAAUGUUAACAACAACUGGUAGUACUGUAGUCAGUGUAAGCAAUCAGUCAAAUACGAGUACUAUGGUAAUAGGUCAGCCCAUGCAAAGUGGGAUCCAGAAUGUGGCACCCAAUCCUGGAGGAAUUUCCACACAGCCAGCUGGUACACCAACAGGCAUGGCCAAGGGAACGAUUUGCACGGUUGCCCAAACUCUAGCAAGGACAGCAGCAGUGAACACUGGUCCAAGGACAACCAUAACACCACAAAUAAUAGCUCCCCGCCUCCCUCAACCCCCACAGCAUCAGCCAAACAUUCAAAAUAUUCAGAUUCCCCCAGGAAUGGUUCUUGUGCGCAGUGACAGUGGCCAGUUGAUGCUGAUCCCUCAGCAAGCUCUACAACAGAUGCAGUCACAAGCUCAGAGUCAAGGGGCUCUCACCUCACGCUCGGCAACACCAGGCAGUGCUCCUCCAGUUCAAAUUUCAACUGUACAGGCACCAGGAACACAAAUAAUUGCACGUCAAGUGACACCGACGAUCAUUAAGCCGGUUUCACAGCCACAGACAACAGUACAACAAACAACGACAUUGCAGCGGCCACCCACUGUACAGUCUCAGAUUGUAAUAAGCGGGGCAACAUCAACAGCAACAACAGUUCAACCAGGAACACCUCAGAGAACAGCAGCAGGGCCAGCGACCUCGCAGAUACUGCAGCCUUCUCCCUCUGCUACUGCGGUAAGAAAAAGGGAAACUAUGGAAAAUGUCAAGAAAUGCAAGAACUUUCUGUCCACGCUGAUCAAGCUAGCUUCAAGCGGCAAACAGUCAACUGAAACGGCUGCUAACGUCAAAGAAUUGGUGCAAAACUUACUGGAUGGGAAAAUUGAAGCUGAAGACUUCACUAGUCGACUAUACAGAGAGCUAAAUUCCUCGCCUCAACCUUAUCUUGUGCCUUUCCUGAAGCGGAGUUUGCCUGCCUUGCGCCAACUUACUCAAGACUCGCAAGCUUUCAUUCAGCAAAGUCAACUUCAGCAACCUUCAACUCAGACCACGACAGCCCUGACAGCAGUCGUACUCGGAAACACAGUUCCACAGCGCUCCACAGUGCGAACAGCUACAGCCACAGUGACCAGUACCCUCCAACAUCCUGUGUUAAGCUUAGCACAGACUGGGCAAGCAGGACAGAGCAAAGCAGGGCAACCAACACAACUGGUUGUUCAGCCACAAUCGCAGCAAGGCACCCUGGUGAGACCACAGGUAACACUGACAUCAGCACCCAUGGUAACGCUUCGACAACCACAGAACCGCAUCAUGUUGACAGCUCCUCCGCAGGUUCAGUUGAAGCAAUUUCAUCAAACAGUUCCUGUUAUGAAACAGACGGUGGUGUCGGGAAAUAAAGCUGGCGUGACCUACUCUGUCCAGACCUCAGUUGUUCAGAAGAACAAGCUUAAAGAAGCAGCAGGUGGUUCAUUCAGGGACGACGACGACAUCAAUGAUGUGGCGUCCAUGGCUGGAGUCAACCUCUCGGAAGAAAGUGCCCGGAUCUUGGCAACCAAUUCAGAGCUGGUGGGCACCCUGACCAGAUCGUGUAAAGAUGAGGCAUUCCUGUUUAAUGCACCGUUGCACAGAAGAAUAUUAGAAAUAGGAAAAAAACAUGGAAUAACUGAAAUUCAUCCCGAUGUAGUAAGUUUUGUGUCACACGCAACCCAGCAGAGGUUACAAACACUUGUAGAAAAAAUAUCUGAAGUCGCCCAACAGAGAAACAUUUCGUAUAAGGAGGAUGACAGGUAUGAGCAGUUAAGUGAUGUAAGGUCACAGCUAAAGUUCUUUGAACAACUCGAUCAAAUGGAAAAGCAGAGAAAAGAUGAACAAGAAAGGGAAAUUUUAAUGCGAGCGGCAAAGUCUCGCUCCAGACAAGAGGACCCAGAACAACUGAGGCUAAAACAAAAGGCCAAAGAGAUGCAACAACAGGAGUUGGCACAAAUGAGACAGAGAGAAGCCAACUUAACUGCAUUAGCUGCCAUCGGUCCCAGAAAGAAGCGGAAGGUUGAUUCACCAGGACCUGGCACUGGGUCGGGAACAGAGGGUACCAGCCCUGGAGGGACACCGGGUGGCUCUGGAGUUGGAACAACUCGGCAGUUCGCACGGCAACGAAUAACAAGAGUCAACCUCAGGGACCUUAUAUUCUGCUUGGAGAAUGAGCGAGAGACGAGCCAUUCACUAACACUAUACCGUGCAUUCCUUAAAUAAACAUCAUAGGUUGAUUUGUAUUUGUUUUUUGACUGAGACAACUUUCUGCCAUUUCUUUCUUUGCUUUUUUUUUGGGUGGGGGUGGGGGGGUUGUAUAGGUGGAGAAUAGCUGGAAUUCUGCAAGUGGAAAUGUUUUUAAUGUUCAGCUUUACAUUAACUCUUCUUUUUAAAAAUUUUAGUUAGAAAAUUUGUGAUACAAUAAGACCUGUGGAUACUUUAUUUAUAAAAUAAAAAAAUCUGAUCACUUCUCGUCUCCUGACUGAGUGGCCUUCUUGCCAAACAAGCCAUAUUUUGAAAAAAAAUGUCACCAAUACAUAAUUUGCCACCUUUUUGGCAGAUUAGCAGCAACUUGAAACAUUAGAAGUAUUGUUUAGAGUACAAUGAAUCAUUUGGCUUAGAGAACUUUUAAUUAUAUGGGUCUGAAGCUAAGGACCUGACAUUUUACCUUUAAGGGCAUGGAGCAAAAACAUUUUCAUUUUUUGUAUUUUUAUCUAUUUCUCGUAGUUUCCUUUCCUUUGCUGUAUUUUUCCUGAUUUAGCCUUCGUAAAUGUAUGGGUUUGUGAAGAGUUUAGGAGAGUUUUGUUCAGUGGUAACUGCAGUUCUCACCAUGUGAUUUGCAUGUCGGAGGCUUUUCCUUGGGGGUAGCCUUUUAAGAAGGGUUUUCUUUUGUGAAUGUUGUAGGGCAUUUGUAAAAAGAUUUAAAAAAAAUCUCGCUUUUAUUUGAUACAAUACAUAAUGCCGUAAAGGAUUAAAAAAAAACUUUCCUGCAUAAAUAUACAUUACUUGCACUGUGUUGGCUCUCUAGCUAAAACUUUAGUUUAAACAAAAAUCUAAUAGUGAAUUGUGAAAGGAUCGUUUCCUGGUAUGAAUCACGUGUAGAAAACAAUUUGCUGGUGUCUAUCAGUGAGCUAAUAAUUUGUACAUAAUUUUGGCACAUAACAUAAAUUGCUAUGUAAACCGUAAUUAUUUUGGUAAAAAGACUGUAUGCAAGCGAUGGACCUACUUAAUGGUAACCAGAGCAAUGUCCCUUCUUUGUAUCUAUUUUUUUAUAAAAAAUACUAAAUUUUUCUUUAUAUUUUCAGAGGUUAUUGUAUUAAAUGAUUGUCUAUCGAUAGGACAUUAUGAUUGUAAAUACUUUUGCUUUCUCCGUGUGUAAUUUUAUGUUGUUAAAGAAAUGUUUAAGAUGCUAUUAAGCUGAUGAAUUCUGUGUGUGAACUGAAAACUAAUCAGUAUUUUUACCAAUGCCUGAAAACUGUUACACCCUGGGUCUUUUACAAAUCCUGUCUUUCCAUUUUUCAUGUAAAUUUUGCACAGUUACUUGUUAAUAUGUAAAUAUUUUACUUUCGAAAAAGGAAGUUUUUAAUUACUAUUGUUUUAUAUAGGAU